CAGAUCAUAUCUUUCACAUUUUAAGUGCCAAUUUUAAUCUUUCCUUUUCCUUUUUCAAGUUCUCCGAUGGCCUUUACUACGUCGAGGACUUAUGGAAGCAAGGCACUCUAUGUUUUCGGGUUGCUCAGUCUUUUCUUGUUGAUCCAAAAAGCUCGUGCAUAUGAGUUCAUAGUUGGAGGCCGCAACGGCUGGUCUCCCUCUGGUUCUUAUGCAUUCAAUCAGUGGGCAGAAUCUAAACGAUUCCAAAUUCAAGACACUCUUGUGUUUAACUAUCCAGCUGACCAAGAUUCAGUGCUUUACGUAACAAAAGAUGACUACGACAACUGCAAUACAGCCAACCCUAUUAAGAAGUUCACAGACGGUCACACGGUCUACAAGUUCAGCCAAUCUGGGCCGCAUUAUUUCAUCAGUGGCAAUGAAGAGCACUGUCACAAGAAUGAGAAGUUGGUGGUGGUCGUGUUGGCUGACAGAAGCAACAAAAAGGGCAACUCUCCGCCUCCUGCAGGGUCGAAUCCAUCGCCCCCUCCAACGACGGAGGAGAGUCCAGAUACACCUUCGGACAUGAAUCCUCCUCCGCAUAAAAAUGCUGCUGCUGCUUUCUCAUCUUUCGUCACUUUGCUUUUUUCAGGGGGUGCUUUGCUUGGUUCAUCCCUCGUGCUACUUGUCUGAGUCACUGAUUUGAAUGCAGAAUUUGAACUUUGUUCUUUGCUUGUUUGUUUUCUUUUUCUUUCUUUUUCUCUUGUAAAUUUGUUUGUUCAUUUAUUUUGCAAAGCUUGAGGUGAGUUUGUUUUGGGGGCGUUCUCAUGUAAAAGAUUCGCAUUUGUUAUUCGUAUGAUUUAUAUUUUAAAGCAAGUGAAGAAUUGAUAUGCCUUUGUAUGACAA